UCACAGUUUCUUCUUGUUCUCUCCGCUCACGCACUCCUCUGGCAUCUCGACCGCAUCUUGACCUGCAACAAACACCGGCGACCGGCGACACCGCGCGAACUGCAACCCCGCGAGCGAUCAGGUUUGUUUCUUUUCAAUUUGAUUUCCGAUCUCAGAUGUGAUUUCCGAUCUCAGAUUUGCAAUCUCUUCCUGUCUAUUUCCGAUUUCCAUUUGAUUUCCGAUCUAUGAUGUUACAUUUGAUUUCCGAUUUCCGAUUUCCAUUUGAUUUCCGAUUUCUGAAAUUGAUAUUAUGUAAUUGAUUUGCUGUGAAAAUGAUGUGCUGUGAAAUAAUUGAUAUGCUGUGAAAUUGAUUUGUGUUUUCUGUGGAAGUCAUCCUGGUCAUCGAGAAGUCUUCAGCGUUGCUGCUACUGAAUUGGGAGAUGAAAUGUUUGAUUGGUUUUAGAGACCCACAAAUAAGCUCCUUCCAUUAAAGUUUUAUAAAGGCAAAGGACUUCGAUCCAGCUUCGUAUUUUCUUCCAUACGGUUCGUUACAGGUCUAACAGACAAUAGGGAUUUCAGAAUUCUUGGAAACUUGUUAUGGAUGUUAAAAAAAGAACACAAAUCUACGAGGGUUUAGGUACUUUUGCAAGAAGAUGCAUUUUCAGCAUCCUUUCUAUAUCUGUAAUCCCAAAUCAUAUUGCCUUCAUAAUGGAUGGAAACAGAAGAUACUCAAAGCAGCAUAAUUUAAUCCAAGGUGCAGGACAUAGAUUAGGGUUUAGAAGCUUAAUGUCAAUGCUUAAAUACUGCUAUGAAUUGGGAGUAAAAUACGUUACCAUUUACGCAUUUAGCAUAGAAAACUUCAAACGAAGCCCUGAUGAAGUCCAAUCUUUAAUGGACUUAAUGGAGGAAAAGAUCAAAGGGUUGAUAAAUGAAGAGAGCAUAGUUAACCAAUAUGGUGUUAGGGUUUACUUCAUUGGUAACCUUAAACUCUUAAGCAAACCCGUGAGGUUAGCAGCCGAAAAGGCAAUGGAGGCAACUGCUAAAAACUCGAGGGCGGUUUUGUUAAUUUGUAUUGCUUAUACUUCAACCGAUGAAAUCUUCCAUGCUGUUCUAGAAUCUUGUGAAGAAAAACGGGAUAAAAAAGGUGAAAAGAGUAUGAUUGAUGUGACAGAUAUUGAGAGACAUAUGUACAUGGGAGUGACACCUGACCCUGAUAUUAUAAUACGUACGUCUGGUGAGAGCCGUUUGAGUAAUUUUCUAUUGUGGCAAAGUGGUAAUUGUUUGUUGUAUUCGCCGCCUGUUUUGUGGCCGGAGAUUGGUUUCCGGCAUCUUGUUCAGGCGGUUUUGGACUUCCAAAAGCAUUUUUGUUAUCUAAAUAAUCAAAAGAAGAUAUGGAGCGAUGUAUAGAUUGAAAAGAACGAUUUUUUAAUGGGAUUGGAUGGUUUUUAAGGGUAGUUUUAUGCCCUGUUGUAUUGUAGUUUGAAUGUUGUUUUUAAAGUCAAGAUCAUAUGUAUUAUGUAAUUAUUCUUGGUGUUUUGAA